UGCGCCGGAAGGGAGGACCUGUAAGUGUUUUUGGAAUUAUGGCGGCGGUGGAUAUCCGAGAUAAUCUGCUGGGAAUCUCUUGGGUUGACAGCUCUUGGAUCCCCAUUUUGAACAGUGGCAGUGUCCUGGAUUACUUUUCAGAAAGAAGUAAUCCUUUUUAUGAUAGGACAUGUAAUAAUGAAGUGGUCAAAAUGCAGAGGCUAACAUUAGAGCACUUGAAUCAGAUGGUUGGAGUUGAAUACAUCCUUUUACAUGCUCAAGAGCCCAUUCUUUUCAUCAUUCGAAAGCAACAGCGGCAGUCCCCUACUCAAGUUAUCCCACUAGCUGAUUACUAUAUCAUUGCUGGAGUGAUCUAUCAGGCACCAGACUUGGGAUCAGUUAUAAACUCCAGAGUGCUUACUGCAGUGCAUGGUAUUCAGUCAGCUUUUGAUGAAGCUAUGUCAUACUGUCGAUACCAUCCUUCCAAAGGAUAUUGGUGGCACUUCAAAGAUCAUGAAGAACAGGAUAAAGUCAAACCGAAAGCCAAAAGGAAAGAAGAACCAAGUUCUAUUUUUCAGAGACAGCGUGUGGAUGCUUUACUCAUAGACCUUAGACAAAAAUUUCCACCCAAAUUUGUGCAGGUAAUAAGAAUGUGUGGUUAAUUUUAAUUUAAUAUUUUUUCCUGAUGUGCAUAUUUACUUUUAAUUGAGAGCUCUUUUAGGUAUGACCUGAAAAUACUGGCUUUUUCCUCACGAGAUGAAAAAUUACCAGAGGGAAGGUUUCAAAAGUCUUAAUGGAGGAAUGAGUAAAGGGAAUGAAUUUAAUAUUGUUCUGUGUUCCUUAAUUGGAUUUUUGCAAAUUCUUGAGGUCUGCGUAUAGAUAACACUUAUUCAAAAGAUUGCAAAACUAGAAAAUGACACUUGCAUUUUCUACUCUACAUGUUGCCUUUCCAGUAUAAUGUAAGUAUCUAAGCUCCUUAAAUGAUGGAAUAGUUAAAACUUUUGAAAUAAAAAGAAUAGAACAUUUGUGGUAGAAAGUAUGGUAUGAAAAAAGGGGGAAGUAGGAUUAAUAGUAGAGUUACACCAUAUUGGUGUUUAAGUUAUUUAAUUCCACUGUGUGAUUAGGGUGGUGGGUGUUGUGACAGCAAUAGCAAAUCCUCCUGCUGUUCUGUUAAAUGAACUUUUGAAGUGAAGUAAAGAGAUAGAAUAUAUGAAUAUGUUUUUCUCAUGGUUAGUCUCAGUUCUUAUGGAUCUUUACAGGACUAUAUAUACUCAUCAACAUACAUACUGAGUUCUUAGGAGCUAUUUAAGGGAUCUUCAAAGGUUGUUUUAAAUUAGACUUUUCACAUUAUAAGUUAAGAUGACUGUAGAACAGGCCUCCUCUUCCCCUGUCCCUGACUCUAUGAUAGUGAGAAAUAUGUUAUUAGAAUGGUUUUGUGAUAGUGAAGGGAGCAGAGGACUGAACUUGAAACAGAGAAUAAGAAAGCCAGUUUAGAGAAAUCUCACAAAUUGUACUUGAAGAUGGAACAGUGUCUAUUGAAGAAAUAAAUAAAUGAAUUACAGCUUUGUGUCAGUAGAUGAGUAACCACCAUAAGACAUACAUAUGGUUGAUAAUACUGAUUCGUUGGUAUAUAGUACACACUAAGUUGCCUGAGGGAAGAACUCUAGACUUGUGCUGUCUGAUACAGUAGUUGCUAGAUACAUGUGACUAUUCGACUUAGAAGCACAGCUAGUCCAGAUUGAGUUGUGACAUAAUUAUAAAAUAUAAACUGGAUUUAAAAGACU